AUGAAUGGUCUUUUUAACGUUCAACGAGAUUCCCAUGGUCUUCAAAUUCCAAGCAUGCAUGUCUCACAUGACUUGGCUAGCUGGCUUCCUUCCAGUCAACUCUCUCUUCUCUUGCAUGGAUCACUUCAAUGCGUGAUAUAUUGCCAACACGCUGAAUUCACAAUUCCCAGAAAUCACAGUCAUCUUGUUCUUCUACUUCUUCUUCUUGUGCGACUUCAUUUUAGUUUGCUGGAUUCUGGGAUGGCUUCUUUGGUUUCUGUGUUUCCUUCCCCCUUUUUUCUUCACCUGGUACUUGUUUUCUCAUCUGGGUUUGAUAAAGGAAUCCAUGAAAACUGUCCUAGCUCGUUUAAGUGUGGAGAUCUUGGGACAUUCCACUUCCCUUUCACCAAGCCUGAACUUCGUCAGGACUGUGGAUUUAUCACAGUUCACGGCUGUGACAAUCCAAAAUCAAACAAAACCAUCGAACUGGAGAAGAAUAAUAAUGGAAGAAAGCUGUGGCUUAUACAUUACGUCCACCAGAACAUCAUCAGAGUCUUGGACCAAGAUCUAGACCGGCUUCUGAAAUCCAAAAAUUAUUGUCGAGUUUUCGACUCAAACACAAGCCUUCCUUCAAACUCAGCUUUGGUUUAUUUUCAGAUCCUAAAUUAUGGGACUUUGAAAAAAUGCAGUCACUGCCACUAUGUGAGUCGUCCCACGGCUUUUGUCAAACAUAGGUGUGCUGAAUUUGAUGUCUAUUGGGAAGGCUCAUCCAGGCGUAAACCUAGCAGUGAUAUUCACGCGCCGCCAGGUUCUUUCCCUAAUUGCUCAGAACUUCAGCUUCCAAGUAAAUACAUGUCUGAAACUGAUGAUGACCAUCUUUGGUUCUUAACUGGUCAAAUUGAUAUUCAAGUACGAUUGUCUGAUGACUGUGAUGAACCCCAUUAA